CUCAUUUCCAGUUCCACCCUUGAGACGAAACCCUAACCAAAACAGCCCCAUUUUCUUCUCAAUUAAUCACGCCACAUCUUAUAGAAUCUGCAUUUUGGUCUUCCAUAACCAAAAUCCUUCAAAAACGAACCCUAAUUCGUGUUUUCCUUUCGUCUAAUUCAUCGUUUUAGUAUUUUACUUUCAUUGUUUGCACACCGUAGCUCUUAAUCAUGAGUUUUCUUCAAUCGCGUUGCUAAUUUACUAGUUUUUAUUCUUCUGAUGGUUGUUUUUGUGUGCUGGUGAACUUAGGGUUUCAUGAUAUUCUCCUAAAUUCAGUGUGAUCACUUUGAAGGAUUCGUCGAAUCGAACGCCACUGGUUGGAGAAAAGUCAGAUAGCAAAAAGAAUCAACAAUGUCUUCACCGUAUGUUGUCCUUGAAAAUCGCCCCCUUGAUCAGUGGAAAGUAACCGAGCUAAAGGAAGAACUCAAGAAAAGAAACCUAAUAACCAAAGGUCUAAAAGAUGAUCUGGUUAAGAGGUUGGAUGAAGCUAUUCGUACCGAACUGGAUGAGGCUAACCAAACUCAUAGCAAUGGUGUCAGUGAUAUUGAAAAGCCUGAUGACACCAAUGCCAAAAGUGAGAACCUAGAGGACGAUAACAAGACUGAGAAGUUGGAUAUUAACGAGAGCUUAGAGAAAGAUAAGGUGACUGAGAAGUUAGAUAUCAACGAGAGCUCAGAGAAAGAUAAGAUGGCUGAGAAGUUGGAUGUUAAUGAGAGCCUAGAGAAAGAUAACACUACAGAGAAUCUGGAUGAUGAAAACAAUGAUAAGGUCGAUGGUUUGCAGUCAUUGGACACAAAACUGGAUCAUGGCACUAUUUCCACAAGCACGGAGGGAGUUCAGGUAGUUGAGAAGGUUUCCAUGGAAGCUUCUGUUACAGUCACUGAUACCAACAAGAUCGAGGUGCAUGCAGAGGAUGGAGAGUCGAAGCCUGACGUAACGCCAUCUUCUGAUGUUGGUAGCCGGGUAGUUGAGGUCAGCGAAGUAAAAUCUGAUUCUAUUUCUAUUGAUACUAUGUCAGGUACUGAAAAGAUUGAACUAAAGGAUAAUGUAAUUGCUGCUGAUGGUGAUGUCAAAGUAGAACUUGAUGUUAAGCCUGAGAUGUCAUUCGGUAAAGUUGUCUCUGAUGACGGCAAAACAGAAUCAGUUGUAGUCAAUGCCGUCGUCCCUACUGACAAGAAAGAUGUCAGUAUUGCUGAAAGUGGAGAUGUCGGUUCGCCAGAGAAGUUAAAUUUAGACCGAAGCUCUGGUGAUGAUUCAAUGGAGGAGGAUGCAUUAGAGAGUAAACAAAUUGAGCCUGUUGAUGUCAUGGUUGAGGAUACACCUGCUGCCAAGAUUACUGAAUGUACUAAAGAGAACAGUGAUCCUGCUGUGAGGCCCAUAAAAAGAAAGCUUCAUGAUCAAGAAGCAGCGACAAACAGCGAGGUGGUAAAGCGGCAGCGCAUGUUGAAUUCUCAACAGCAAACUACUAAUUCAUCUGUCUCUACUACACCUAUGAGGCACAGGUUUUUGAAGUCUGAUUCUUCAGUUAGCCACGAGGAGCCAAAGGAACGUGUUGUUCCGCCAUCGUCAAUGUCUCCGACCACUUCCCUUAGAAUUGAUCGUUUUCUGCGUCCGUUCACUCUAAAGGCUGUGCAAGAACUUCUUGGCAAAACGGGUACAGUUGUUAGUUUCUGGAUGGAUCAAAUCAAAACUCACUGUUAUGUUACUUAUUCAUCAGUCGAAGAAGCUAUAGAGACUCGAAACGCUGUGUACAACCUCCAAUGGCCAACAAACGGAGGCCGUCUGCUUAUAGCUGAGUUUGUGGAUCCAUCAGAGGUGAAGACUCGAACUGAAGCUCCAUUACCAUCUCCAGUACCCCCACCACUUCAAGCCGCCAGGCCCGCCACAAAACCACCACCUCCAGCCGCCAAAAAACCACAAACUCCAGCCGCCACAAAACCACCACCGCAAACCCAGCUUCCUCCUCCACCCCCGCUCCCACUUCCACCUCCACCACCAUUGUCUCGUGACUCUCGUCCACUGCAAUCACAACAACCAGCAGUAGCUCUUCCUCCACCUCCCCCGCUCCCCGAGAGAAUGGAACCUCCGGUUGUGACGUUGGAUGAUCUGUUCCGAAAGACGAAAGCAACCCCUCGCAUCUACUACCUGCCGUUGUCAGAGGAGCAAGUUGCGGCAAAACUGAAGAGAAGUGGAAACCAGUCUGCAGGUAGGAAGGAAGCGUCGGAGCAGAAAAGGAAGAGCUCAUUUUGUGAUAGAUUUAGAACUCUUGGAGGACUCCCCAUUUGUUUAAGACCCAUAUGCCUUAAUUCCAUAAAGACUCAUAUCCGCUUUCGUUUACUUGCACCGUCAUCUAAAACAUUGAUAAAUGCUUGCUUUUGUUUUGAAAGAUCACACCUCAUUUCAAUCGCAAACUUCAAAUCGAAAUCCUUCAUCGUUUACACAUUUACAUGGUAAUGGUUUCUAGGUUA